CUUUCCUCAUUUCCCUCAUUCAAACUCUUUCAUAUUCCAUCUCAACAAUAUUCUCCUCAUCACAUAAAAUAAUUACCCUUUUUUCCAAACACUCCCUAAAACACAAUGAAGUUUAGCAUUAAUAGUCCAACUAUGGGAGGAAACAAAAGAAAGUUUGUUAACCGUGGUUUAAGUGGUAUGGUUAGAGAACAAAGAGCUAGACUUUAUAUCAUUAGAAGAUGUGUGGUUAUGCUCCUUUGUUGGCAUGAUUAACUAAAGAUGUAAUCUUUUUUUUUUUUCUUGAUAUAUCUUCUUUUGGGAAGAUUUAAUUCUAUUAAUUCAUAUUGUAUAUACGUAGUAUUAGUAAGAUUAAUAGAUUAAUGAAGGUAGAUGAGUUUUGACACAAUUUUGUUCUUUUUUUUUUUUUUUUUUUUUUUAUUUUGCCUUCAAUUGGGCUCUACUUGUACAUCGGAUUAGCUUCAAUCAACAUCACUUUCUAUAUUUGGAAAUUCAUUAUUGUCAUUCUUUUUACUAUUUUCUCUUUGCUAAUUUCAUGUUUUGAUUAUUGAUUUUGUGGGUUUUCAUGAUUUUGGGUAACCAUGGAUGUUGGUAUGGUAUGCCGUUUUCUAUCUCUUGUCAGACUCUAAUUAUGCUCCUACGAGCGAGAGACAAUAGUUGUGAUGAUAAUGAUGGUUAACCAUUGAUGUUAUAGCUUCUAUAAAAAGUAUCACAUAAUUCAUUAAUUUUUUUAUAAAUUACAGAUGAAAUAAAAAAGUUAAUUGCGAUUAACAUUAAACUUUUUUAGUGAUCGUGAACUAAUGAAUUGACAAAUUAAGUUAUGUUCAAACUCAACUUGAAUGAAAAUUGUAAGAUUGAUCUCUAGAUCAAAGAUAGAGUGGGUGAUGAUCAUCUUAAUUAUUUUAGUAUCAAUUUAAAGGUAUAAAUUGAGUUUUAGAAUUAAUUUUUUUAUCAAGAAAUAAAUUCAAUUAAAAAUUUAAGUUAAUGGUUGAGGCCUUAAAAUAUGUUAUGUACUCUAACACGCCUCUUCAUAUAAAAGCCCUUUGGGCUAUAAACGUGGAUUCGACAGAGACUCUUCUCGUACCAAAAAGAAGUGUCAUAAAUGUUGGCUUAUGGACUCUGUUUUCAUCAUCUGAGUUUACUUCAAGUAUUUUCCCAUCCUAAGUGUAA